GUGUUUCCAAACUUGCUGAUGAAUUUUAUCUGUGUGAGAUGUCUUCUCCAGAAAGAAGAGAGGAAAGGAGGGAAUAGUUAGGGAGGUGGGAAAUGAAUUCUGAGUAAAUAUUUGGUGCUAGGCAGUUUUGUGUAAUUAUUAUCACAGUUUCAGACUCAAACAAUCCUUCCAUGUGACUGUGUUUCUUAUUUGCAAACAGUACAUCUUGAAGUGUGUAAGUGGGUUGUUUGGGGGGCACAUGGCCCAUCAGUUGCAGAGACAGAGUUCAAACCCAGUUUUGCUGCCUCCAGGGUCCAUUCUUACUGCAGACUACCCAACUCUUCCAAAAUCAAAAAGAGACUCCUAAAUAAACCAAAAGUCUCAGGGAGGGAAGAGUGUAAAUUUUGUUGUAAAUAAUGAAGCCAGGCAGGAAGUUCUCAACCUUGCAAAGGGAAGGACGGCAAGUAAGAUUUUGAAACAGGCAAGCCUGGAAAAGCCCUCUGAUCCUUCCUGCAAGUCCCUCUGGAACCAGAACACAGCAUGGCCAAGCGAGUUGCAGUGAUCGGAGCUGGUGUGAGUGGCCUGUCCUCCAUCAAAUGCUGCUUAGAUGAAGACCUGGAGCCCAUCUGCUUUGAAAGAAGUAGUGACAUCGGCGGACUGUGGAAGUUUACUGAAAAUGUUGACGAUGGCCGAGCAAGCAUCUAUCAAUCCGUCGUCACCAACACCAGCAAAGAAAUGUCCUGUUUCAGUGACUUUCCAAUGCCUGACGAUUUUCCAAACUUCCUGCACAAUUCUAAAGUCCUGGAAUAUUUCAGAAUCUUUGCCAAGAAGUUUGAUCUACUAAAGUAUAUUCAGUUCCAGACAACCGUCCUCAGUGUGAAAAAACACCCGGAUUUUGCAACCUCUGGCCAGUGGGUGGUUGUUACUGAGAACAACGGUAAGGAGCAAAGCACUGUCUUUGACGGAGUCAUGAUCUGCAGCGGCCAUCACGUCUUCCCUCAUCUCCCACUGGAGUCAUUUCCAGGUAUCCAGAAGUUCAAAGGCCAGUAUUUCCAUAGCCGCCAAUACAAGCACCCAGAGGGAUUUGAAAAGAAACGCAUUUUGGUGAUUGGAAUAGGAAACUCAGCCUCAGAUAUUGCAGUUGAGUUGUGUAAGAAGGCUGCUCAGGUGUUUAUCAGCACCAGACAUGGUUCCUGGGUCCUGAGUCGUAUCUCUGAAGAUGGCUAUCCCUGGGACUUGACAUUCCUCACCCGCUUUAGAGCCAUGCUCUACAAUAUCGUGCCACGAAUUGUUGUAAAAUGGGCAGUGGAAAAAGUGAGGAGUCAAUGGUUCAACCAUGAAAAUUAUGGCCUUGUCCCUCAAAACAAAUACCUUUCAAAAGAGCCUGUCAUAAAUGAUGACCUUCCAAGUCGUAUACUCUAUGGAGCCAUCAAGGUGAAAUCAAGAGUGAAAGAGCUCACAGAAACAUCUGCCAUCUUUGAAGAUGGAACAGUGGAAGAGAACAUUGACAUCAUUGUCUUUGCAACAGGAUAUACUGUCUCUUUUCCCUUCCUUGAAGAUCUUGUUAAAGUAGAGAAUAAUAUGGUCUCACUGUACAAAUUCAUCUUCCCUCCUCAACUGGAGAAGUCAACUCUUGCAUGCAUCGGUUUAAUCCAGCCCCUAGGUCCCAUUUUCCCAGCUAUUGAACUUCAAGCUCGUUGGGUAACCAGAGUUUUCAAAGGCUUAUGUACCUUGCCCUCAGAGAGAACUAUGAUGGAAGACAUUAUCAAGAGGAAUAAAAAAAGAAUUGACUGGUUUGGAGAGAGCAAAAGCCAGCUACUGCAGACCAGUUACAUCAGCUACGUGGACGAGCUCGCUGUAGAGAUAGGUGUGAAGCCAGACAUCCUUUCUCUCUUGCUAAAAGAUCCUAAACUGGCUGUGAAACUCUAUUUUGGGCCGUGCAACUCCUAUCAGUAUCGUCUGGUUGGGCCUGGGCAGUGGGAUGGAGCCAGGAAUGCCAUCUUCACCCAGAAACAAAGGACGCUGAAGCCUUUAAAGACACGGGCUAUCAAAACCUCAUCUACUUUCCCAGUUUCCUUCCUGUUGAAAAUCCUGGGGCUUCUUGCUGUUGUGGUGGCCUUUUUUUCCCAACUUCAGUGAUUCUAAUCUGUCAGCAUAAUGCUUUAAGUUUUAAUGGCAGUCAGUACCUCUUAAAGAAAAAAAAACUAAAAGAAAAAAUAUUAAAUCUAAAGUCUAAAUUUUAGAGUUGGAAAGAACAGAGAGAGAGAAAGAGUUAGAAGAAUUAGGUAUAAAAUGUAUAAAACCAAAA